AUGACCAAAAAAGAAGUGUUGUUUUGUACAUCGAAUGAAGAAAAACUUAGAGACUUAAGAUAUAUAUUGGGAGAUGAAUUUGACCUUAAAAGCGACCCCGUAGAGCUUACUGAAAUUCAAGGUAACCCAGACGAAAUUACUCUGGCCAAGACUAAGGAAGCCUACAAGCUUUUAAAGAGACCCUUGAUAACUGAAGAUACAUGUUUGUGUUUCAAUGCUUUCAAAGGAUUACCAGGACCUUAUAUAAAACACUUCUUGUUGAACAUUGGACCAAUGGGUGUAUACAAUCUUCUAUCUCAAUUUGAGGAUAAAUCAGGAUAUUCCCUUUGCACAUUCGGAUAUGUGGACGAAAAUGGAGUCAAGUUAUUCGAAGGAAGGACGGAUGGCACGAUAGUAUCCCCGAGGGGUCAUGUAGAUAUAAGCUGGAAUUGCAUUUUUGAACCCGAAGGAUAUGAUAAAACAUUUGCUGAGUUGACCUUCGAGGAAAAAAAUAGAGUUUCACAUAGAUACAAAGCUGGAAUAAAACUUAAAGUUAGUGUAAUAUAG